AACAUCGCGCACCACGCCGCAAUGCGUGCUGGCGCCGAGGAGCUGGGCCACGGCGUGGAGGUGAGCUCGCUCGUGCUGAUCCAUCCCUACUUCUUAGGGGGCGACAGCUCCGAGUCGGACGAGAUGGGCAUGGCGUUGCUCGACGAGCUGGUGCGGCUUUGGCCGGUGGUCUGCCCGGGGACCAGUGGGUGCGACGACCCGUGGAUCAACCCGAUGGCGGAGAGAGCGCCCAGCCUAGCCAGGCUGGGGUGCAAGCGCGCUCUGGUAUGCGUUGGGGGCAAGGACGCCAUGAGGGGAAGGGGAAGGCUGUACCCUGAGAAAUUGAUUGGGAGUGGGUGGCAAGGCGAGGUGGAAAUCUGGGAGGCGGAUGGCCAGGGUCACGGCUUCCACCUCUUCCGGCCGACAUGCGCCCAGGCGGAAGCGCAGGUCGGCGUCGUCGCUGAAUUUCUGGGCCGCAGAUGAGAUCUCCUGUUCUCCGCUCAUUCACAUGACCAAGGCAAUGUUCUUGAAUUGGCUAUUGUUGUACACUAGGAAGUUUGAGUUAUGCUUAAAACAUGCUUGUAGCUGUUCUUCAGUGGUUUUAUCUUCAGUCUAUAAGAACAAGGAGUAUAUUGUUACUACUGUCAUAUGGAGUUCAAAUUCAAACCAGCUAGUCUGCCAUUCUGUAAAAUUAUAAAUUUGUAUUUUGUAAGGGUUUAGGAUGCUAAGAUAUGAUUAUGAAGUUCUCAAA